GGUCGUCCGCUCAAUUAAUUUCUUAGGCGUCGCCUGGAGCUUCCAGAUGGAGAAGAACACUGUACGCGGCCCCUCCUCCCUCGCCGGUUACUUCCGUCUCAGAAAUCGGUCCAGCUUCCUGUCCUUCGUCUCAGAAAUCAGCCCGUUGUGCGUCCCUCUCUCCGAUUGAAGUCGUCCGUCUCCGAUUGAAGAUGCCUUCGUCUGGUUCCGUCUCCAGCUCCCUGAUCAAAGAAAAGACCCAACGUUCAGGGUCCCCAGGCUCUACCUUUCUACAACUCCAUCUCAACCCCCAGAUAUUAUCUUUCUAUUUGAAGACUUCCAACAUAUCACUGGCUUUUGCUAUUUUUUUGCCUUAUUAUCUGAAUUGCAAAAUGCAAGAAUCAAGAUUGCACCCUAUUUUUGCCUAAUUUAUGAUUUAUGCAGCCCCUAUUUUAUCUAAUUGAAUCUGACUUGAUGAUAUGUGUUACUUUUCCAAUUGUGCAAGUGUCAUAUUAUGAUUGAUUGAUUGCGAGGAAGUGAGGUGUGAACUGUGAGAGGGGCUCCCCAUUUUGUCUUUAUUUUCCUUUUCUUUCUUUUUAAAUGUUUUUUUUUUCAAAUUUCUGUUCAAUCGGUUGACGCUGAGGAACGUGGAAGAGUUGGAAAAUUGCUGCAAGGAGCCACAAGUUUUUCCAAACAUCAACCCGGUUUGACCUUCCAAUAUUUGGUGAUAGAGCCUUCCAAUAUUUGGUGAUAGAGGAAAAAGCUCCUUAGAAGUGAUCCAAGAUGUUUUUAAUUGGUUUGGUUUUGAAAUAGCAUGUUAAUGUUGUUCUUGGUGAGCUGAUAUUUCAUAGCUACCCAGUUUACUUCUUUAUCUUCUUGAGUUGUAUUUAUGCUUCUUAUUUUUUAAAUUCAUCUACUUUUUUUUAAAUGCUGACACACUGGUCGCAUAAACAGAGAAGUAAGGAGAAAUCAAUGACACGGGUGGAGGACAAACGGAUGUUCAAAGAGGCCAUUGUAGCUAAUAAGAAAAGCAUCUUCAAGACUUUUCCUCUUAAGAGCAGGUCUAAGGGUUCAUCUUCGACUUCCACAGCACAUGCAUCUUCAAAUGAGCCUGUAGCUUCAUGUUAUAUGGUUGGAGCAUUAGGUGGUUCAGCUACUGGUUCAUAUCAAAUUGGCUCCACAGUACAUAGUUUAGAUGAAAGUCCUAACUGGAUUAUUCAGGGAAAUGGUAAGCUCUGUUCAGAUGCUGUUAGUGCCUCAAAAAGUGAUUUAUCUAAUAUCAGAACCCCAUUAGCAUCAAUUACAAUAGAAUCUUCUGCAGCAGAAUUUGAUAUGCCUUCACGGGCUGCACGUCUAUCUGCCUCCAGUCAAGCUCAGAAUUUGAUGCCAUUUGAUCUUUUAGUUCCUGAAAAAUGACGUAUUCGAAGAACUUCCUGCUCCGAUAUCAAUUGUUAGACAAAUGUGCAACUCUAGAGGGAGGGGGGUGAAUAGAGUUGUUUUCAAGAAUGUGCGUUUUUCGCGUGUGUGAAAUAAUAAAAUCGCAGGAAUAAAUAAAGAGACUUAAAGAGAACUCUUUAAGAUAUAAAGCCGUCUGUAUGGGUUUAGGGAGAAAGUAUUUUGGUUUGGCUGCAAAAGCUUUUGAUGGCUUUGGAAGUCCUUGCAAGAUUUUUUUUGUUUAAAACAUUUAAUUCUUCAAAUAUAAUACUUUUGUUGAUUUGUUUCUCAUUAAUGCUCUUUAUUUAAAUUUAAUAAUUUUUUAUUUAUGUUUUUGUUUGUUGUUCAAAGAGAUUAUGAGCAUUUGUCUUAUAAGGCCAGUUCUUGAAGAACACUUUCUAUUUUUGUAGUCAAUUACUAAUUUUUCAUUUGAUUAUCUUUCAAAUAAUACCACUAGAAUGUUUGGAUAAACUUAAUUAAUGAUAAACUUCCGUCCCCAAAUAUUUAAUUAAUAGAAUAGUGUGGGUGUUUGAUUCCAUAAGUCUGGUGAUUUUCCUGCAUUAUAUUGAAUUUACACAUUUAAUUUGAGUUUUCUGCUGACAUUUUAAGCUACUUCUUCAUAUUCUUAGCAUUUCCUUAAGCUAAAUAUUUUUUAGCAGAAAGUCAACAACGACUAAGAUUUCUGGCCCCUU